CUCUCUGUGUCUCGCUCCACUCAUUCAUCCCUCGCUCUGCCAGCUGCAAGGUAGUGAGCGUGGCUGAAGGACACGGCGCUCCACUCGGAUUUGGCGGAGGGACUUUGAGAACCUGUUCCGACAUGGGGGGGUAGAUACCUUCAUAUCACUAUCCCAUACCCUAAACCCCCCCCCCCGCCAUCCUCUUUCUUCCAGUCUUUGAAUGUCACCUCUGUGUCUGGAAUGAUGGAUCGCUCCACGUCUUUUCUAUCACUUCUCUCAGGAUGAACUCCACACUGUGAUGCCAGGAGGGCAUGAAGGACUCUAAAUGGAGUGGAGGGGGGGGGCAAAAGGGGCUGCUUCCUUCUUUCGACCCGGCUCUCUGAGCUGAUACCUCAGGUCUGGUCUGCACUUCUUGAACUUGCGCUGUCACCGUGUGGAGCGGCGACAGGAGGACACGCUCGCUGGACGGAUGACAAUUGAGACAAUAUGGCCUCCUCAUCCACGGGACUGAUCUGAAAGGACUACAUUUUUGUCUGAGUCCACUUUAAGGAUUUGGGCCAACUAUCGAGCCGAAGUUCCCUGGAGCUCAAGGAGACGGGGGGGUAGUGGCACACGGACUGAACUGCUUUAUUUGCGUAAUAAAAACAUGAUCAACCCAAACCGAAGAACACAAACAAAUCAAGGCUUCAUCUGAUUGGGAUCCUCAGUUUCAGUUUUGAAGAGUUGACCCCCCCCUGCGCCCCCUCUCUGGGUUUUCUUUCUGACAUCUUCAUUUUUUCCCGCUGCUCCAGCUCAUCAUCAGAAGAAGUCCCCUAUAGCGCUGGUCCGUCGCCCUGGGUGAGUGGGCAGGGGGGUGGCCCGCAGUACCCCCCGACAUCUGGGCGUCAGCGGGGCACUGGCUAGGCCUGUGCUGGGAAGAUGGCCGCCCUCGCCAGCUCCCUCAUUCGGCAGCGUCGGGAGGUCAAGGACCCCCAGACGAACCGGCAGAUUGCCAGCAAGAGGAAGCCGUGCCCAAAAAGCAACAAGUCGCUCUGCCAGAAGCAAAUCCUCAUUUUAAUAUCCAAGGUUCGAUUAUGUGGCAGUCGAGGAAGAAAAAUGGAAAAAAGGCCAGAACCGCAGCUGAAGGGCAUCGUCACGCGACUCUACUGUCGCCACGGCUUCUACCUCCAAAUGCUGCCGGACGGCACCAUGGAAGGCACAAAGGACGAAAGCAGCUCCUUCUUGCAGUUCAACUUGAUUCCUGUGGGCCUCCGGAUAGUUGCCAUCCAGAGCACCAAGACGGGGCUCUAUGUGGCCAUGAACAGCGAGGGCUACCUCUACACUUCGGAACACUUCACGCCAGAGUGCAAGUUCAAAGAGUGUGUGUUUGAGAACUACUACGUCACCUACUCGUCCAUCCUGUACAGACAGACGCAGUCGGGUCGGGCCUGGUACAUCGGUAUCAACCGGGACGGGCAGGUCAUGAAGGGGAACCGUGUCAAGAAGACAAAAGGAGCCGCACAUUUUCUACCUAAACUCAUUGAAGUGGCGAUGUAUAGGGAACCGUCCUUGCACGACGUUGCCGAGCAGAGUCCGCCCAGGAAGACGCCGAAAACCUCCAGUGACUCACCUGUGCACCAGAAUGGCAAAAAAGACCCUGAAACCAAAACGAAAACCUCUUCCUCCUAGCGCUUAGAAACAAAGCGGGUGGAAGGAAGCCCCCGUUGGACAACUGAACAGGGUUGCCAGAUCGUAUAACAAUAUCUCUCAAAGACUCUUUGGCUACCACGGUCGGUACUCAGCCUCAAAACAAUAGUUGCUAUCCGCCUCUAUGUCCGAGUCUCUGUGUGAACAUAAUUUGGGAAGCAAUAACUCCACGGAAGAGGCAUCUCCUCGCAUCAGACGCUGCGUUAUGGAAGCUGGAAGGGGAAGAACCAGAUGCCUUCUUGCCAUGACCACCGACUUUAUUUCCCAGUCCAUGCAGCACCUGAGUCUUCCUGGCUUUUCUCACAAUGGGUGCAGUAGUGAAACGCUGUUUGGGUUUGCUUCAUCUGUGUGUGUGUGUGUUCCAUUUUACCACUGGUGUGAUUUUAUGAAUUUGUGACAUGUAUUCAAUUUUCCACUCUGUGUUAAUAGAGUUGAUCAGAAUCUGUCAACCUUUAAAACAAAGAGCCUACAAAGCAUCCUGGGCACAUUGCGGACACACACGUAUUAUGCAUUAAUUCACUCACAAACACACAACGUUUUGACUAGUGAGGUGGAUUAUUUGAAUUAGUAGAUGAUACAAUGAUGUACUAGAUGGCUAUAUUUGAAGCUCAAUUGCAUGACGGAUAAGACUGAGAUGGAAACAAAAGUAUUUAUUCAAGCCUGUAUAGAAUACUUCCCUUCAUUGCUCUAGAAGCAACAUUACUUCGGUUGAGUUCCUGGUCCACAAAGGACGUAAGAUACAGAGAGAAAGAUCUUCCCCAUGAAAUAUUUCCACGAUUGUUACAUUCGUACCAUGCCAGUAAGUGUUAACAAUACUUUCACACCCCGGCGGAAGCACUUAAACCUUAAUUAAAUGGCUAAAUA